GCCUCAGACAUGCCCUCCCUCCUGGCCCCCUUCCUCCUCCUCCUCCUCGCCCCUCCCUGCCCCUCCCACCCCUACCCCUCCUUCUCCGCCCCCAACGCCACCUUCAACCACCUGGCGCUCGCCAGCGGCUCGGGGACUGUGUACGUGGGGGCCGUGAACGCCCUGUACCAGCUGACGCCGGAGCUGGGGCUGGAGGGGCGGGCGCGGACCGGGCCGGAGCUGGACAGCCCCGAGUGCCUCCCCUUCCGGGACCCCCAGGACUGCCCCCAAGCCCGCCCCACGGACAACGCCAACAAGCUGCUGCUGCCCAACGAGGCGGCCGGGGAGCUGGUGGUCUGCGGGCAGCUGGCGCAGGGGCUGUGCGAGAAGCGGGCGCUGGCCGACGUGGGCCGGGUGCUCUACCGGCCCGAGGAGCCGGGCGACAGCCAGUUCGUGGCGGCCAACGAGCCGCGGGUGGCCACGGUGGGCGUGCUCGGGCGGCAGGCCGGGCGGGACCUGCUCUUCGUGGGGCGCGGGCUGACGGGGAAGCUCUCCGGCGGGAUCCCGCCCGUCACCAUCCGGCCCCUGGCAGGGCCCGGCGCCUUCUCCAGCGAGGGGAUGGGCAAGCUGGUGGUGGGCGACUUCUCCGACUACAACAACAGCUACGCGGGGGCCUACGCGGCCGGCGGGCACGUCUACCUGCUCUUCUCCCGCCGCGGCACCAAGGGGCAGCUGGACUAUCGCCCCUACCUGGCCCGCCUCUGCGCCGGCGACCUGCACCUCUACUCCUACGCCGAGGUGCCGCUGGAGUGCCGGGACCCCCGCGGGCGCCACUACAACCUGGCCCGGGCCGGGCAGCUAGCCCAGCUGGCGCCCCCCGGGGGGGACGUGCUCUUCGUGCUGGCGGCCGUGGGGCAGGGGGCCACGGCCACCCCCGGCCCGCAGACGGCCCUGUGCGCCUUCCCGCUGGCCCAGCUGGACGCGGCCGUGGAGAGGACCCGGCGGGCGUGUUACACGGCGGGGGGCCGGGGGCCGGGGGGCCGGGAGGAGGCGGCCAUCGAGUACGGGGUGACGUCCCGCUGCGCCGAGCUGCCCAAGGAGUCCCCGGACGUUUACCCCUGCGGAGACGAGCACACCCCCAGCCCCAUCGCCGGCCGUGUGCCCGUGGAAGCCGGCGCCCUGGUGACUGGGCUGCCGACGCUCACAGCCGUGGCAGCAAUGGCGGAAGCCGGACACACCAUCGCCUUCCUCGGAGACGGGAUGGGGCAGCUGCACAAGGUGUAUCUGAACUCCUCCGUGGGGCAGGUGUACAGCUCCGUGCGCCUCGGCCAGCGCUCCCCCGUCAGCCCCGAUCUCCUCCUGGACGGCAGCGGGACCCAUCUCUACGCCAUGACGGAGUCCCAGGUGCCCCCCGACCCCUCCCUGGUCUAG